AUGUCGUUCGGCGCGAAAUUGGCGGCGGUCGACAACUGCGGCGACAACGCCCUCCAUCUGGCGCUCCGAGCACGAAGUCGACGACUAACUCAGGCUCUUUUGUGUAAUUUUCAGAAUCACCCCUCUUAAAAAUGGUUGUUUUCUAUUCAGCAAACCCAUCGGAAUCGCGUCUGUUGUACCGACCGAACAAGCUCGGACAGACGCCCUACUCGAUCGAUUUGUCAAAUCCGCAGCCGAUUCUGCCGCUCAUUUUCGGACCGAUCGACGCCGAGGACAAAAUGGACACGGCGAUGGGAUACGAUGUGUACUCGAAUGUGCUCGCCGAUAUUGGUAAGAGGAUUUGCAGCAACUCUUGUGGGCUCGAUUUCCAAUAAUUGUUUAGAUUAGAACAUGUCAAUCUAUCUCGGUUAACUCGAUUUUUCAGUGUGCGAACCGUCGCUCUCCCUGCCGCUAACCAUCGGUCUCUACGCGAAAUGGGGAUCCGGAAAGUCGGCACUGCUCGCCAAGCUCAAAGAGGCCAUGCACAGCUUCUCGAGAGACUGGCUCGACGGAGCGGCCCUAGUGUAAGAAUCGACAUCUCUCCAACCGCACCCAUUCAUCUAAUCUCAGACUGUCCUUCUCGCUCUUCUUCAACAUCUUCCUUCUGAUCGGCUGCUUCUCGCUGUGGUUCACAAUGUUCAUCGCCAUCUUCCAAUCACCGCUCGCCUACAUCAUUUCCUGGUCCAUUUUCGUCGCCAUUUUCCUCUUUGUUACCAUUUCAUUGUGCGUUGUUCGUUACGGGGAUCGUCAGAAUUGGUACACGUCGAUGGAUGUCAGUUUGACACAAAUUUAAGGGCGAGAGAGAGAGAGAAAUUUGAUGUUCAGAUUGCCACGUUUCUGGCGCGCAUCUUCAAUCGCUUCAAGCUCGUCUACAACAUUUUGACACUUCACGCGCCGAUGAACAGCGAGGAUUCGGCCAGCAUGCCUGUUAGGUUAGGAAUUUAUAUAUUUUGCUACACGAAAUGGUGUCAAAGGUCUAGGAGAUGGUCUCUCAAUUUGUUCAGGCAAAUACUGAAUGACUAUCAGGAUUUCUUGACUAUCACGAAGAAGUGAUUAGAUUCGAUAUUCCCCUAGGAGCUUUUAGGUGCCGUCUUGUAUAAAAAAACAGCAAGACUCUCCUUGUGGUAGUCAAAAAUAUAGUCGUCAUUCAGUAUUUUCCAUUUGUCUUUUUUUUACAAUCGGUUAUGUGUAUAGAGUUCAAAAAAAAACAAUUGCAGUUUCCUGUUCGCCGACUACCACCGUCUCUCGUCGAUUGGAGGAGAGCAGGCGCUCGCGAAAAUCGUGGCCACACUGUUCGAGGCGGCCGAAACGCACUUUGGAUGGCUGCCAGUCCGCAUAUUUUGCUCCAUGAAACCGCCAUAUCGUAAGGGAGAAAAAAACAAGUUCUCUGAACAUUCCCCCCCCCCCCAAUUCCUAACAGUUUUUGGGCUGUUGUUUUAGGUUUUUUUUAGAUUAGACGGUCGAAAUAUAACGCAUUGUCUAUAAGACUCGAGCAACAAGGGCACCUAGUGACAAAUACUUAUAUAAACGAGUAUUAUGGGUCUAGGCACACAACUCGAAUUGAUUUUUCAGUUUGUAACUUUGAAUAUUAGCUAGUUCAAGCCGAAAAACGUUUUUCGGCAAACUCUAUCCACUAUGACCAUGCUCGAGUCUUACACAGAAUGCGUUAUAUAAUGAGCGAUUCAGAGUACAUAGACACCGGUUUCGGCUACACUUCGCCCUUCUCGCGUACUACGUACCGUAGUCUGCAGCAGCAGAAUCCACAAGGUUUCCUCUUCUUCUUCUUCUUCUUCGUCGUCGUCGUCGUUUUCGUCCUUUUCUUCGUUUUGUCGUUGUCUUUUGCAUGGGCCGCGAUGGAGAUUUUCGGGCGAAUAACUGUUGUCCGAACACUUUUUAACAUUUUUGUCUAGAAUUUUUUACUUCGACAACCCCCUCCAUUUUGCAGUCGGAAUCCACGGAUCGUUGCGUCGUUUCUGCGGAAUUCCGCACGUCAUCCUGCUCGUCUUCUGCCUCAUCUUCAUCAUUCUCAGCGAGAGCUUCUUCACCGUCUUCCUCUUCAAAGAGGAUCGCAGUUGGAGCAAUCCGUUCCUGUGGGCCGCCGUCGCCUGCUAUCUCGUCUUCUUCAUCAUCGCCAUCGUGCCGAUUCUCCAACUUAUCGUAUGGCCCGGGUGAGUUUGGAAGGAGGCUUUCGAUGGGCUUUUUUGAACCACUUUCAAUAAUCUGAUCGAACCCAAACUUUACAGACUUGGUGGACUUGGAUUGAAGUAUCUAUCUGUGCAAGUUUCAGUCCGAGAUAAAAUGAAUUGAGGCCGAAAAGGCCGAAACGUGGAUCAGAGAUACUUCAAUCCAAGUACAAGAAUUCUGCAAAGUUUGGGUCCCCUCAGAUUAUUGCGAGUGUGUCGAAGGUCCAGGCUUGCGCACUGUGAAAUACUCUUAAGUGUCUAACUUGCAAUUAUUGUAGAUAUAUGCGAGCGAACGUUCCGCGACGACGAGUCAACAAAUCGGCGAGAAACACGCACAAACUGCGCUUCGAGGGACUGAUGCAAAAGUUGCAGAACGAGGUGGACCUGCUGACCGACAUGAUCCGGUCCCUCGACGCGUUCACCCGCAGUCACACCCGUCUGGUCGUUGUUGUCGACGGACUCGACAAUUGCGAGCAGGAACGGAUGAUACAGACGCUCGACGCCCUCGAUUUGCUGUUCUCGGCCCGCAAGCACCGCCCGUUCAUCACGAUCAUCGCGGUCGAUCCGCACGUGAUCGUGUCGGCCAUCAACCACAACAUGCACUCGGCGCUGUCGGGCACCGAAUUGACGGGCCACGACUACCUGCAGAACAUCAUCAACAUGCCGUUCUAUCUGCACAACUCGGCGCUGCGGCAGCUGCAGUCGAAGCUCAAGGAGAAGCGCGAGUCGAUGGCCGAGUGGAAGGAGCGCUUCAAGCGGCAGGACACGUUCUACGGAUCGCAUCUCUCGUUGCGCGACGCCGACGGACGACAGAGUAGGAAGAAGUCGACGGUGCCGAUGGUCGGAUCGAACUCGCUCGUCGGCGGCGGCGGCCGCGGACUCAACGACGGAAUCCUCGGCGAGGACUACUUCUCGAACAUGAAUCCACGGGCGAUGCGGCGAAUCGUCAACGCGCUCACACUCACCGGACGUCUCAUGCGCGCGUUUGAGAUAGACUUCUCGUGGAUGUCCCUCGGCCACUGGGUCUCGCUGCUCGAACAAUGGCCCUCGCGCAUGUGCUGGCUCAUCGACAGAGCCCUCGAAGUGCACAACAACCAGUUGUUGCUGUCCGAGGUCUAUCAUCAGCUCAAAGAUCACAUUCCGGCGCAGGACGACCUCAUGCUACUCGACCGCAACCUCGAGAACUUCGAAGGAUUCCUCGACUCGAAGGGAAUUCCGCCGGCCGAGCGACUCACUGUCGGACACGUCAAGAAAUUUGUGCCCUGUACCAGCAACCUCGAUCCGUACCUGCGGAAGUUGAUUCGAGAACGGAGCAAGGGCCUCGUGGACAUUGAGGCGCAAAUUGGAUCGGCCGGCAUGGCGAUCCCGCCCAACGCCCGCCUGCUCUUCAGCGACGAGCUCACGUGGAUGUCGAUCGACACGCCGCUCGUCGAGAUGAAACUCGACGCCAUCGUCAACCUGGUCCGUCGGCUCGACAUGCCCUCCAGCCGCCUCGACCUCAUUCUCGAACGCUUCUACGCCCUCAACUUGUGCGGUCUCGUCCUCGCCACGUGUCCGCUGCCCGAACUGAAAGAGAGCAUCCAACUGCCGCUCGGCGACUGGACCCUCAUCCGGCUGCUCGUCGAAACGCUGAAAGUGUUCGGCGCCUCACCGCCCGGCCAACGCGUCGACAAGCGGAAGGCGUUGACGUUGCGCGAGGAGGACGAGGAGGAGGAGAUCGAGGAGGCUGCGGACGCGGCGCUCAAUUCGGAGAGAGAAAGGGCGCCGUUGCUCGGAUCGGUGCGUGCCGAGCAGCGGAGACGCUCGACGAUUGUGCAGAACGCGGCCGAGUUGAGCAUCGACCACAAGUGUCUCAUGGAGAAGUUGUCCGGCAUGGAUUUGAGUGAGUUCGAAUCUCCUAUUGGGUUACGGAAGCUUUUUAUGAUCAAGAAACGGCCUAGACAUCAUACUGUUGUGUUUUUAAGCCGCACUCCGUUAGAUUCGCCACAUUUGAGUAGAAAGCUUUAAGAUAAUCUCGCCUGCCUAGAAAUUUAUUUGAAAACCUAGGACAAGAAGAACUUUGACUUUUUUCAGCGGAAACCGAGGGCGACGUCAACGAGAUGCACUUUUCGCACUUCUCCUCCUCGACGGACGGUCCGUCGCCGAUGGCCGACGGAUUCAUUCCCGCUUCCGUCUCGGCGGCCCCCUCAGUCAGGUAAGAAGUGUGGACGAGGAUCCGACUAGGCCACGCCCCCUUUUCGAAACUUUCAGCUCAAAAUCUCCUUGGUUCUACUAGCUAAUAGCUCGUUUUCGCCUAGGUUCGUCACUUAAUUGUGUGACGUGACAAUGAUUCCGAUAUUUUGAGCCGCAUGUUCAAAUUUCACCCAAAGAAAAAUGCUGUAAACUGUGAUUUCUAAGUUUUUUGGCCUAAGAUUAUUGGGUUUUGCCGCCUGCCUAACCCCAGGUCCUCUUCAGAUUCGAAGACAACGUGAAUGACCUGGAACGGGACGCGUCGGACGCCGACAGCACCCAAUCGAGGUACGAUUCGAAAGAGAAUCUUCUCGAGGAACGAAGCACCGAAUCGCCGCCCGCCCACGUCGAUUUGAUGCGAUUCGACAGCGGAAACACGAGGUAACUGGCGGAAAUCUCCAGAAUCUCUUGGUUUUUGUCCUUAAAUCUCCGAUUUUCAGGAAAUUUGAGUCUUUUGUCCAAAUUGACUGAAUUUCCUGGAAACUGGUUUUUCGGUCUAAGAAGCCUACAUUUACCUAUUUUUAGGCCAGAAUGGUUUUUUUCCUGUAUUUUUCGAGCCUCAGUUCAUUUUAUUUAUGUGUUGAAAUUUUGCAGCGAUAUUGUACGGUCGAGUUACCGUACCUCGUCGAAAUAUCGUAGAAUGAGCCGGUAAAUUUGAAAAAGAGAGAUUUUGCAUUUUAAUAUUUCCGAGACAAAAUCGAUAAUCGUGUAUGAGAAGCAGCUAAUGUCACACUGGUCCCUUUUCUGUUUUUGCACUGUUUUACUAAAAGAAUAGUAUUUCUGCUGUGCGUUGAAGUGAAGCGGAUUUCUCGGAUAUUGCGUAAUUUUUCAAUGUUCAGGGGCGAUUUGAUGCGCGGAAUGCACCAGAACGACACGAUCAGGAGCAGUCUGGAUCAGACGCCUGGAGCCGCUGCCAGCUCAUCCAGUUUGAUGACGUCCGACGAGGAUUUGGUACGUUUUCGUGGAAAAUAGGGAGGCUCAGUGAAUGACGAACUUUUUCGUGUUGAACUUCACAUUUUUGACCGCAGAAUGCUGGACGAAUUUUUUUCAGAAUCAGCAAACAGUACAACGACGAGGGACGGACGAUUUCGAGCGAAUUCAGCUGGAGCAACUAUUCAAUCGACCGCCCGAUUCCUAG